AACUUGUAGCUUCCCACGUUCUUGUCCAAUCAUAUCUUUCCAUGCCUUAUCACUGAAGAUAUCCCAUGCUACGCAUUUAUUCAAGUUACACCAAAAUACAAAUACAAAAAAAUAGCCAAAACCAAAUUAAAAAACAACCAACUCCACUACUCCUUCACUAUAAAAAAUGACACAACAAGCUAAGGCGACAAACACCAUAAGGGUCCAAAAUGCUGACCAUAUCAACCAUGUCAGCCCCAAACCCAAUCCCGACCACCAUAACACCAACACCUCCACCGAGUGGCGGCAACCUCCCGCUCCGGUCCAUCCCCGGAAGCUACGGGGUGCCGCUACUCGGUCCAAUUGGUGAUAGGCUAAACUACUUUUGGUUCCAGGGACAAGACACUUUCUUUAAGAAGAAAAGGGAGAAGCAUAAUAGUAGUGUGUUUAGGACAAAUAUCCCUCCUUGCUUCCCUUUCUUUGUUGAUGUUAAUCCAAAAGUUAUUGCUGUCUUAGAUGUUCCAUCUUUCUCUCAUCUAUUUGAUAUGAACAUUAUUGAAAAGAAGGACAUUCUUGUUGGAGAUUAUAUGCCUAGUACAAAGUUUACGGGAGAUAUGAGGGUUGGAGUUUAUCUUGAUACCACUGAGGAAAAACAUGCUAAGAUUAAGAACUUUACAACAGACAUUCUAAGGAAAAGCUCAGGAGUAUGGGUGUCUUCACUCUUAUCAAACUUAGAAAUCAUGUGGAACACGGUCGAAAAAUCGAUCUCCAAAGAUGGCAAUGCCAACGUGUUAAACCCCUUACAAAAGUGCCUAUUCAACUUCCUUGCGCAAGGAAUGCUUAGAGCCGACCCUGCAAACUACUCACCAGAAUUCGCUGAAACAGGCCAUAUUAUGAUUGAUAAAUGGCUUGCUAUACAACUCCUUCCGAUAGUCAACAUAAACUUAUUCCAACCUCUUGAAGAAAUCUUCUUGCAUUCUUGGACAUACCCUUUUUUCUUGGUUAAAGGGGACUAUAACAAGCUCGUAAGCUUCGUGUCUAAGGAAGCGCAAGAAGUGAUUCAAAGAGGCAAGACGGAGUUUGGGUUGACUGAACAAGAAGCAAUACAUAACUUGUUAUUUAUCAUAGGGUUUAAUGCAUUUGGAGGAUUUUCGCGGUUUUUACCUGCCUUGGUUAACAAUCUAGGGUUAAACAACGGCGAAAUUCAAGAUACCCUAAGAAAAGAAGUAAGGGAAAAAUGUAGCUCCCCUUCCUUAUUGAGCUUUACUGCAGUUCAAGACAUGCCUAACGUGGCAUCAUUCGUGUACGAAACACUACGAUUUCAGCCACCCGUACCACUACAGUUUGGGCGUGCUAGGAAGGAUUUUGAGUUACAAACACACGAUACAAGGUUCGCGGUUAAGAAGGGUGAGUUACUAUGUGGGUAUCAAACUAUUGUAAUGAGGGAUCCGAAGAUCUUCGAUGACCCGGAAACAUUCGUUCCUGAUCGAUUUACGGGUGACAAGGGUGCUGAAUUGUUGAUCUAUUUGUUUUGGUCUAAUGGUCCACAAACAGGGAAAUCUGAUGAAAGUAAUAAGCAAUGUGCAGCUAGAGAUUAUGUUCCUCUAACAGCAUGCUUAUUUUUGGCACACUUAUUCUUACGAUACGAUUCGAUAUCGAUCGAUUCAUCCGGCUCCAUUACUGGGGUAGAGAAAGCUAAGUGAAAAUAUACAAGAACAAAGUAUUACAUGUGAAUUUGGUGUUGGAAUUACCAGUAUAAAUAAGAGCUUCAAAAGUUCAAGCCAUAAACAAGCUAUUUUUAUUAUUGAUUAUUUGUAACUUGUUACACUUGUAAGAGCACUUCAUUUGAUGUGAUUGUGUGUACUUACCUAGUUGUGUGUAUAAGGGGGUGAGCAUAACUAGUACCAGGUCAAAUAUCUAGGAAAGGGAACUAGAACUUGAAUCGGUCAAAUCGGUUCCUAAAUUUUAGAACUGAAAUGAGUUCAGUAUUAUGUGUACUUGAUUAUAUAUUCAAUUUGUUCAAAACAUCACCAUUGUAUAUAUUUUAGGCUUUUUCAACUUGGGGCAUUUAAUAAAUAUUUCUUUAGGUCA